AUGGAAGCAUCAAAUUAUUUACGUAAUAAUAAUGGUAUUCAAGUAGAAUUUUCACUAUCGGUUUCAUCUCAUUCUGGACAAAAUCAAUUAUGUAAUUGUUUAUCAAAUAAUAAUAUAUGUCGUUCACAAGCAAAACCGUGUUUCAAUUAUCUUACAUCAGAUAAUAUCAGCUUUUGUGCUGCUGACAUUCAAUGUUCAAUCUUAUGGAAUCACGUAGUAAUACCUGUUCAUCAAACCAUUCAGUAUGUCUUAUUAAUUCAUGUUACUCAUUAA